AUGGCUUCGCAUAGCAUCCAACUUCAGCCAAUUCCCCAAAUAUAUGACAAUGGUCAUGUGCAGCUAAAGGUGUCGGGCUCUCUUCAAGCCGCUCUGUCAAGCGCCUUUGCUUCAUGCCCCGAGAGAUUGAGAGCUACCUUUGAAAAUGCAUGGCUAUGGUCUGAUCUAUGCCUGUCUGUGGCUCCGCAAAACUAUCAAGUCGUCAUUGACGAAAUAAAAGCUGGCCAGGUACACGUCUUGCUUCCUCUCAAACGGAACUUUAACUACUCGGCCCAGCUAGAAAUGCCAAGGCAGCAACACCUGCACAGUCUUGUCUCAUGCCUUGAUUCUCAUGUUCAGCCCCCUUUCGGUAUCCCGGUGGUUACCGUUCGCCAUAUUGAGGCAAGCUUCGAGUUUAUGCUAACAGAGUCGGACUCUUUGGGGUUUGCGCAAAAUUGCUAUGACCUUAGACGGUACCCGGCUGCUAUCCCCGCCGAUGUGUGUACUCGCAGCGGACUGCUCUUUCAUUAUUCCCUGGGUGAUAACGCGGAAGAAUCGUUGUCAAAUCCGGAUGAAGACUGGAUCUCGCUCGAAAAUGAUCCUACCUAUUCGAGCCAAAGGUCGAUCUCAAGUUAUAGCUCAGAUGGCUAUGGCACGGUGGCUCAUUUAGAAACAUCUGAGACCGGGUUUCCAGUCAAAACGGUCCGGUGCUACGCUUCCUUGCUAGAUUUAGGACUCCGCAACUUCCUAUGCCAUCAGCCUUUUCGACUCGAGCCCGACGUCGAGGGCGGAAAUACAAAUGAGAAUCCCGAUGUUCUCUCCAAUCUUGCGUCUCGUAUACUUAACCUGGAAUAUAAUCGUGCUAUUGCGCAACGGAUAUCUUUGAUCCCAGUGAUAGCAAAGGGGAUACAUUCCCUGUUGUCGACUACCCAAUCACCGGAACUCAAGUCAAGGCUUGGUAGUCUUGCCAGGACAUACUUCGACAGAUAUUGCUUCCAGGAUUCCAGUGUAUCGGGGACCACCAACCCUACCCCCGAUACCAGGACAAUAUUGAAAUGUCUUCUCUGGACAAACGCACAAAAUGGCCUAUCCAGCUCGAAUCUGAUGAGCAAGCUCAGCCCGUUGCAAACUGGCAUACCUUGUUCUAUAUCGCCUUCGAGGGGGUGGACUCACUAUGACUCCUUGCCCGAAACAAAACCUACCAUGGACACGCCUUUCGAAGUAUUUGCACAGUGUCUCUUCGAUGACGGAGGAACAGAUGAGGAAGAGCUUUUCUUUGACCAUCUCGAUACGUCUGACGGAAACCAAUCGUUGGACGGGCUUCUCGAAGUAGCAACGCAAUCGCCUGCCCAAUUCUCAUCACCUAUGCUCGACGGCGCCGUUGUCGAUGAAACCCUGGAAUAUGAGAUCGAGAUGCUCGAUCACUCCUCGCAGCCGUCGCUUUCCCCCAAAUUUCCUACUUCUUUUGCAAAUUCAGACCCAAUCUUAGAUGAUGAGGACGAUGGGCAUAUGAGAAUAGAUGCAGACCACGAUAUCAGCUUCAACAACAGCUUCAGCAGCAAUAUCACCCACUUUCCUGUGUGUAGUAAUGAAGAAAUGCUCUUCUAACAGAACAACAUUGAUGCUGAUAUUUUGUGGAGCAAUUUGGAGGAUGUGCAAGGUUCGAUAAUAAAUCAUUGUCGUCCAGCUGACCUAUGCGACUUUGCGAUUAACUAACCAAACCUCCCUACAUAAAAAAAAA